AUGGGCUCCAUCACGCCAAUUGACCAUCUCUUUCACCCCCUCAGAUUGGGGUCUCUCUCCCUAUCUCACCGCGUCGUCCAAGCACCAUGCACGCGGAUGCGUGCCACACAAGAAUCAGAGGGCGUCUAUGUCCCUAACGCCCUCAUGACCGAAUACUAUAGCCAGAGAGCAUCUCCCGGUGGUCUUCAACUUACCGAAGCAACCCCCAUCAGCCGCCAUGCAGCUGGCUACCCUGGUGUCCCUGGAAUCUUCACCCGCUCCCAGAUAAACGCCUGGAAAGAUGUCACCUCCGCUGUCCACGCCAAAGGCGGCCUCAUCGUCUGCCAACUAUGGCACGUCGGACGCGCAACAGUGCCGGCCUUUAUCGAGGGCCAAACCCCUCUCUCAUCCAGCGACAUUCCCAUGACCGGGAAUGCACUCACCGGGGAGCCAUACUCGGCUACUCCACCCCGCGCAAUGACCAUCCCUGAGAUCGAGGCCACUGUGGCAGAGUACGCCGCUGCCGCGACGCGUGCCAUAGAGGCAGGAUUCGAUGGCGUGGAGGUGCACGCUGCGAACGGGUACUUACUCGAUCAGUUCCUGCACGAUAACGUGAACAACCGUACAGAUGAGUACGGAGGAACCGUGGAGAAGAGAGCGAGAAUUGUUGUCGAGGCAAUCAAGGCCGCAUGUGAUGCUAUCGGUGCGGAUAAGGUUGGCGUGCGCUUGUCGCCGUAUAACUAUUUCCAAGACACGAGGGAUUCGGAUCCGCAGGGUCAUUGGCAGGUCGUUUGUCAGAUGAUUGCAAAGGAGACCCCCGGGAUAGCGUACGCACAUAUGAUCGAACCACGAUUUGAUGAGGUGUUGGAUGAGGGGGCCAAAAUGGGCUCGUUGCCUGGACAAGGGAAGGUCAGUUUGGAUCCGUUCAGAACUAUCUUCAAGCAGGCUGGAAUUGGGUUCAUUGCGGCUGGGAACUUUGAUGGCGAGGGAGCAAAGAAGAAGGUCGUUGAGGAUGGGGCGGAUGCGGUGGCUUUUGGAAGGUGGUUCAUUGCCAACCCUGAUCUGCCUAAGAGGUUGAUGGAGGGUGCACAGUUGAAUAAGUAUGACCGGGCGACAUUUUAUGGAGCUGACCCGAAGGAGAAGGGGUAUACGGAUUAUCUGGCAUUGAGUGUAUAG